UUCUUUCUCACACUGCAAACACACUUCUUCUUCUUCUUCUUCUUCUUCUUCUUCUCCUCCUGCAGAAAGCUAUUAGCUCUUUCCGUCCUUAAUUUUCUUCUGUAAUUCUUCAAACCCUCAAAACACAAGCUAGUACAUCUAAUACUUUAAUGGCUGUUGGUAAUACUCUUUCUUCUCCACUGGGUCCUCCAGCAUGCGAGAAGGACGCCAAAGCUCUUCUGUUGAUAGAAGAAAUGACAAGAAAUGCUGACCUGGUUCAAGAAAAGGUGUUGGCUGAAAUCUUGAACAGAAACAAAGAUGUGGAGUAUUUGAAAAAAUUCAAUCUCGAUGGAGCUACCGACCGCGAAACCUUCAAGUCGAAGCUACCCAUGGUCACCUAUGAGGAUCUUCAACCUGAAAUUCAACGUAUUGCUAAUGGGGAUCGCUCUGCUAUUUUGUCAGCUCACCCCAUUUCUGAAUUCCUCACUAGUUCUGGAACAUCAGCUGGUGAAAGAAAACUGAUGCCAACAAUUAAAGAAGAGCUGGAUCGUCGCCAAUUAUUGUAUAGCCUACUCAUGCCAGUGAUGAACCUGUACGUGCCAGGGUUGGACAAAGGCAAAGGCUUGUACUUUUUGUUUGUGAAAUCUGAAACAAGAACACCAGGUGGGCUCUUAGCACGUCCUGUGCUGACCAGCUACUACAAAAGUGACCACUUCAAGACUCGUCCGUAUGACCCCUACAAUGUGUACACUAGUCCCAAUGAGUCUAUUCUUUGUCCUGACUCCUUCCAAAGCAUGUACUCCCAGAUGCUUUGUGGCCUUCUCGAGCGCCAUCAAGUGCUCAGGGUUGGUGCAGUGUUCGCGUCUGGUCUCCUUCGUGCCAUAAGCUUUCUUCAGCUUAACUGGCAGGAAUUGGCCCGUGAUAUCAUGUCAGGAACGCUGAAUAAGCGUGUUACUGAUCCUUCUAUCAGGGACUGCAUUGCCAAGGUCCUGAAACCAAGUCCUGAGCUUGCAGAGUUUAUCAGAGUCGAAUGUUCGAAAGAGAAUUGGGAAGGGAUCAUUACAAGAAUUUGGCCGAAUACCAAAUAUCUUGACGUGAUUGUUACUGGCGCCAUGUCUCAAUACAUCCCUACUCUUGAUUACUACAGUGGCGGGUUGCCAUUAGCUUGCACCAUGUAUGCCUCAUCAGAAUGUUACUUUGGGUUAAACUUGAACCCAAUGUGCAAACCGUCAGAAGUUUCCUAUACAAUCAUGCCCAACAUGGCCUACUUCGAGUUCUUACCUCAUGAACCUAGCUGUUCCGGGUUGACUCGUGACUCACCGCCUAAACUCGUUGACCUUGUUGAUGUCGUAGUUGGUAAAGAAUACGAGAUCGUCAUAACUACAUAUGCAGGCUUAUACAGGUACCGAGUCGGUGACAUCCUCCGAGUCACCGGGUUCCAUAACUCAGCUCCUCAGUUCCAUUUCGUGAGGAGAAAGAACGUGUUACUCAGCAUUGACUCGGACAAAACCGAUGAGGCAGAGUUACAAAAGGCAGUGGAAAACGCGUCUCAACUCUUGCGCGAAUUCAACACGAGCGUGGUCGAGUACACGAGUUAUGCCGACACAAAGACAAUCCCAGGUCAUUACGUGAUAUACUGGGAGCUACUGAUCAAAGACUCAGCUAACUCGCCUAGUGAGAAGGUACUGAGUCAAUGCUGCCAUGCAAUGGAAGAAUCAUUGAACUCGGUGUAUCGACAAGGCCGGGUGGAGUGUAACUCAAUAGGUCCACUGGAGAUACGUGUGGUGAAAAAUGGAACAUUUGAGGAGCUAAUGGAUUAUGCAAUAUCAAGAGGGGCAUCAAUUAAUCAGUACAAGGUACCCAGGUGUGUGAAUUUUACACCAAUCAUGGAGUUGCUUGAUUCUAGAGUUGUAUCUACGCAUUUCAGUCCAGCUUUGCCACAUUGGACCCCAAAAAGAAGGUGAUGAUACAUAUAAUAUUAUGAUAGAGAUUUAUAUUUGGCACCGACCAAAUUUAAAAAAAAUGUCAAUGGCUGGCCAAAUAUAUAUAAAUAUAUAUAUAUAUAUAUAUAUAUAUAUAUAUAUUUAGAGUUGUAGAAUCUUGAUGGUAUUUUUCUUUUUUCUUGUAAUGUUUGUGGAAAUUUGGAGUGAGUAGCAUUUGGAAGAAAGGGUAAAGUGUAAGUUUGAUUAGGAUGUUUCAUGGUCAGGGUUUGUAUUUUGGUUCAAUUAACCAAUUGUUGAAAAUGAUGUGACCAUGAGUAUGUUUGUUUACUGAAUGUUUCUUUCAAUGUAAUGGAAACAUGAUAGUCUUUUGACA